AUGCCUCGUCGGUUCAGCAACAACUCUUCUAACGACACCUCUUCCAACUCUCCCUCCUUUUCGCCUUCUUCGGGAAAAGGCGGCAUCGCCAUCAAGGCGCCUUCGGUCAAGUCUCAUCGUCUGUCCCAAUUCUUCUCCGUCUCGCCUAAAUCAAAGGCCGAUCAACCUGUUCAGUCGAUCGCCCAGUCGACCACAGGAAACCCUAAUACUUCUCCGCCGAUCAGCUCGGCAUCACUGUCCUUACCGACUAUUUCUUUGUCCACGGCCACUGCUGAUAACCUGAAUAUGGACGAAAUGCCUACCACCCUCUUCCAACCGCCAACUCCGGAGGAGGCUCGUCGCCUGGCUAAGCAACAUGCCCAAUUCGGUCCAAUCGGUCACCCCAGCCACCGCUACUCAAGUCGACACCCUGGUGGUGUUUUCCCUGAGCCGGUGAUGGACGAGCCACCGUAUUAUUAUUUGCUUACGACGUACAUUAGUUACCUAAUCUUAAUUGCUUUUGGUCAUGUUCGUGAUUUCUUUGGAAAGCGCCUCCGGGAAGAAAACUACCGACACCUCAAGGCUCGCAAUGGAUAUGGGGCUUUGAACAGUGACUUUGACAACUUCUACGUUCGUCGUCUCAAGCUGCGCAUCAACGACUGCUUCGAGCGCCCGGUCACCGGUGUCCCCGGACGAACCAUCACUUUGAUCGACCGUGGUACCGAUGACUACAACCACCACUUCUACAUGACCGGCACAACUACCGAUACCUUGAACCUAAGCUCCUACAACUAUCUCGGAUUCGCCCAGUCAGAGGGUCCUUGUGCGGAUAUCGCAGAAGACUCGGUCCGCAAAUACGGCAUCAGCACUCCUAGUACCCGUGCGGAGACCGGCACCCAGGAUCUUCACCUCGAGGUGGAGGAAUUGAUUGCCGACUUUGUCGGUAAAGAGGCUUCGAUGGUUUUCUCCAUGGGUUUCGGUACCAACGCCAAUGUCUUCCCCGCGCUCGUUUCAAAGGGCUGUCUGCUUAUCUCCGAUGAACUGAACCACGCUUCUAUUCGCUUUGGCGCUCGUCUUUCCGGUGCAUCCAUUGCCAUGUUCAAGCACAACGAUAUGAAGGAUCUGGAAAUCAAGCUCCGUGAAGCAAUCUCUCAGGGCCAGCCCCGUACCCACCGACCCUGGAAGAAGAUCCUGGUUGUUGUGGAAGGUCUCUACUCGAUGGAAGGAUCCAUGUGCAACCUGCCUGGUCUUGUCGCUCUGAAGCACCGAUACAAGUUCAACUUGUUUGUUGAUGAGGCUCACUCUAUCGGAGCUAUUGGUCCCAUGGGCAAGGGUGUGUGUGACUACUUCAGUAUUGACACUGCCGAAGUGGAUGUCCUCAUGGGUACUAUGACCAAAUCGUUCGGUGCCAACGGUGGUUACAUUGCGGCAGACAAGGUGAUGAUCGAUAAGCUCCGGGCUACCAAUGCGGGUAUCUUCUACGGAGAGUCCCCUUCCCCAGCGGUUCUCUCGCAAAUUUCUUCCGCCCUUCGCAUUAUCAAGGGUGAACUCGUUCCUGGCCAGGGUGAAGAGCGCUUGCAGCGAUUGGCUUUCAACUCGCGAUACCUCCGCCUGGGACUGAAGCGUCUUGGCUUUAUAGUGUACGGCCACGAUGACUCGCCCAUCAUCCCACUUUUGCUCUUCAACCCCGCCAAGAUGCCCGCUUUCUCUCAUGAAAUGCUGAAGCGAAAGAUCUCUGUUGUGGUUGUCGGAUAUCCCGCCACCCCUCUGGUUUCAUCUCGUGCUCGUUUCUGUGUCUCGGCCGCUCACACCAAGGACGACCUCGACCGCGUACUGACCGCUUGUGACGAAAUCGGCAAUGUUCUGCAGCUGAAGUUCUCCACUGGUAUCGCGGGUGGUGCCGUGCCUGACACCGACGAGAUGGCCCCUCCCCCCGAGAUGGAGAAGGAGUGGCAGCGUAAGCGCACCGCUAACCUGACUCCUCCUCGCUGGCGGGUAGAGGACGUUGUCCGUCGCGGAGUCCAGGAUGUGAAAUCACCUCUGUACUAG